CUCCUCCACCUCCUCCCCCGACGGCCGCCAUCUCCCGCUUAGGUUUAGGUCUCCUCCGCCUCCGGUCUCCCCCCCUCGCCGCCGAAAUGGUCGCCUACAGGUUCCAUCAGUACCAGGUGGUGGGUCGCGCGCUUCCGACGCCCGGCGAUGAGCACCCCAAGAUCUACCGCAUGAAGCUCUGGGCCACCAACGAGGUCCGCGCCAAGUCCAAGUUCUGGUACUUCCUGAGGAAGCUGAAGAAGGUGAAGAAGAGCAAUGGACAGAUGCUCGCCAUCAACGAGAUCUUUGAGCGUAACCCAACGACGAUCAAGAACUACGGCAUCUGGCUGCGUUAUCAGAGCAGAACAGGUUACCACAACAUGUACAAGGAAUACCGUGACACUACUCUGAAUGGCGCUGUGGAGCAGAUGUACACUGAGAUGGCCUCUCGUCACCGUGUGAGGUUCCCCUGCAUUCAGAUCAUCAAGACCGCAACAGUCCACUUCAAGCUCUGCAAGAGGGACAACACCAAGCAGUUCCACAACGGAAGUAUCAAGUUCCCACUCGUUUACCGCAAGGUCCGGCCGCCCACCAGGAAGCUGAAGACCACCUUUAAGGCAUCUAGGCCGAACUUGUUCAUGUGAUUGACUGGUGUGUAAUCGUGUUCUGCAAUUUAGUGCACAAGAGUCAAAAGAUUUUGUCUGGAAGUUUUGGUGCCCUGCUGGUUAGGCAUUUUCUGUUACCCCUCCAAAUGAUGCUUUGCAAAACCUUGAAUUUUCGUCGUAUUAGUACUCAACAGACUUCUUGUUACUUCAA